CAUGUACUCGUGCGUCCAUUUCCAUAUCGCUGUACGCUCCCUAUAUUUGUACGAUAUACCUGAUAGGCAUAUAUCGCAAAUGAUUAUAACUUAAUUGACAUCAAAUGAGAUAUAAUAAACAGUUCACGUUCUGCGCCGGUUCUAUCGACAAGUGCAUUAUCGAAUUAAAUUAAUGAUUUUGUAACUGCCAAAAAUGGCAACCGAAUUCAGUAGAGAGGAUACAAACAAUGAAGAUUUUAUGGAAGAAGACCCACUUAGAGGAAAUGGACCACCUGAAGAUAAACGUAGUUUUAAGGACAAAGUGGUUAAUGUGUUCAGAAAUAUUACCCUCGAACCCUCACUGUCAAUGUUUGUAAUAUCAGCCAUGAUCUUGAUGACAGCUUCACAGAAUUUAAAUUUAGACAAGGCUUGCCGCGUAAAUCUUAAUUUCACAGAAGAAAUAUGUCAUUCUCUGCGGAUGCAAGAAGUGGAUUCACAGAAUGAAUAUGAAAGAGAAACACAGAAACUGAUUGCUAGAGCUCUUUCAUGGAGAACUUAUCUAUCAGCUACAAUACCCUGCGUCCUUGCUCUAUUUGUGGGUUCCUUCUCAGACAGAACGGGUCACAGAAAAUUCUUUAUGAUGGUGUCAAUUACUGGCCAAUUGCUCAUUGGCAUCAACAAUAUGAUUCAUGUAUAUUUUUUCAAUGAGCUCCCUUUAGAAGCUUUAAUCUUUUCAGAAGCGCUUAUUGAAGGCUUUUCGGGAGGAUGGUGUGUUUGUUUUUUAACAGCGUUCGCCUUUAUAAGUACUAUAACAACCGACGAGACGAGAACAUUCAGACUUGGCCUGGUUAGUUUUAGUGUAACAGUAGCUUUCCCUAUUGGAAUGGGGGUCAGUGGGAUCUUGUUGAAGAAAAUUGGAUACUACGGCUGCUAUGGACUAACAUCGGGUUUACAGUUUCUGAAUUUGAUGUAUAUUGUAUUUGUGGUGAAGGAUCCUAAAAGAAACAAGGAGCAAAAGAAGCAUGAUCGUCAAGGUUGCUGUCACUUUUUCCGUGUCUUCUUCGAUCCAUCAAACGUUAAGGAGACCAUUGCUGUGCUGGUGAGGAAAGCUCCAAAGAGUAGGAGGCUACGCCUUUGUGUUCUUCUUGGAGUAGUCAGCGUAUUAUUUGGUCCUAUGUAUGGUGAAAUUUCUGUCAUGUACUUAUCCACAAGGUACAGAUUCAAUUGGGAUGAAGUAAAGUUCAGUUUGUUCCAGUCGUACAACUUCAUUACACAUACAAUUGGUACAAUAUUCUCGAUUUUGGUGUUAAGCAAGUAUUUGAAGUGGCAUGACUCUUUGCUGGGCAUCGUGUCCACGCUGAGUAAGAUAGCAGCUUCCUUUGUCUACUGUUUUGCUAAGAACGAGAAAGUUUUUUAUAUAGCGCCAAUGGUUGAAAUUCUGAAUGGAACGUCUUUGCUAGCAAUGAGGUCGAUAAUCUCAAAACUUGUAGAACCUAACGAAUUAGGUAAGGUAAAUUCGCUGAUAGGUCUGGUGGAGAACCUGAUGCCCUUGAUUUACGUACCGCUGUACACGAAGGUGUACACAGCCACCAUGGAGGUGUUGCCAGGAGCUGUCUUCCUGCUGGGAGCCAGUAUGACACUGCCAGCUGUGAUAGUGCUCUUCUGGUUAUUCUUCGAACACAGAAAAGAAGUGAGAAAGCAGAAAAGGCUUGCAAAGCUUCCUGAGAAACUCGAGUCAUAAUAAUAUGUACCUAGUUAAUUUAGUAAAUAAAUUAGUGUUUUUAGUAAGUCUAGAUGUAAUUGUUAAUGCGCUUAAUAUAUUUGUACCGAACUAAUUUUUUUAAUAAACUUUUUAAAAUAAUA